AUGGCUGACGCCGCUACUACGUCUGGUGGAGAACGCGGAGGAUUUGGACGUGGUCGCGGAGGCCGUGGAGGUCGUGGUCGCGGCCGUGGUCGUGGUCGUGGACGCGAAGAGUCCAAGGAGUGGGUGCCUGUCACGAAGCUUGGACGCCUGGUGAAAGAGGGCAAAAUCAGCUCCCUUGAGGAGAUCUAUCUUUUCUCUCUGCCAAUUAAGGAGUGUGAGAUUGUCAACUACUUCUUGGAGUCCUCGCUCAAGGAUGAGGUGAUGAAGAUCAUGCCUGUGCAAAAGCAGACUACGGCUGGUCAGCGUACGCGUUUUAAAGCUUUCGUGGCUGUGGGCGACUGUAACGGACACAUUGGACUCGGUGUUAAGUGCGCUAAAGAGGUGGCUACUGCUAUUCGCGGUGCUAUUAUCCUGGCCAAAAUCUCGCUGGUUCCGGUACGUCGUGGCUACUGGGGUCGUAUGGUCGGAGCCCCCCACACCGUGCCUAAUAAAGUGACUGGCAAAUGCGGCUCUGUUCGCGUACGUUUGAUCCCCGCUCCUCGCGGUACUGGUCUAUGUGCUGCCCCCGUCCCCAAAAAGCUAUUAGGCUACGUUCUACGCUUUGCGUGCCACGUACGCGUAUCUGACGCCAGACCUCUGGGAGCACCACACCUGUGGCUUGUCCCCUUACCAGGAGCAUACCGACUUCUUGGCCAAGACUACGAUUAUGGAAAGGAGUCUGACGUAGCGGGUGAGGAAAGCGUGUAUUUAAACGCUACGGUGCGACGGUGUCGACCUCUCUCGUUUGUAUUUUUCGCUUGGGGAAAGCGUUGGGGUGACGCUACGCAUGAGAUUUACAGCAUUGCGCAAGACUGGAUUAUUUACCCUGGCACCGGCUGUUCCACAGACAUUCGCUUUACUGCCACCUUCCACUUACGGAAGAGGUAG